UCUUUAUGUUGACCGAAGGUCAAGAAGAAAGCAGAGUUCCUUGGGCUCCAGCCUACCCAUGAGUAAGAGCAAAUGCUCGGUGGGACCAAUGUCCUCUGUGGUAGCCCCGGCUAAAGAGCCCAAUGCCAUGGGCCCCAGAGAGGUGGAGCUCAUCCUGGUCAAGGAGCAGAAUGGAGUGCAGCUGACCAACUCCACCCUCAUCAACCCACCACAGACACCGGUGGGGGUUCAAGAGCGGGAGACCUGGAGCAAGAAAAUUGAUUUCCUGCUCUCAGUCAUCGGCUUUGCUGUGGACCUGGCCAAUGUCUGGAGGUUUCCCUACCUGUGCUACAAAAAUGGUGGAGGUGCCUUCCUGGUGCCCUACCUGCUCUUCAUGGUUAUUGCUGGGAUGCCCCUCUUCUACAUGGAGCUGGCCCUUGGACAGUUUAACAGAGAAGGAGCUGCUGGAGUCUGGAAGAUCUGUCCUGUCCUGAAAGGCGUGGGCUUCACCGUCAUCCUCAUUUCUUUCUACGUGGGCUUCUUCUACAAUGUCAUCAUCGCGUGGGCACUGCACUACUUCUUCUCGUCCUUCACUAUGGACCUCCCAUGGAUCCACUGCAACAAUACCUGGAACAGCCCCAACUGCUCUGACGCCCAUGCCAGUAACUCUAGUGAUGGCCUGGGCCUCAAUGACACCUUUGGGACCACGCCUGCUGCUGAGUACUUUGAACGUGGCGUGCUGCACCUCCACCAGAGCCACGGUAUUGAUGACCUGGGCCCUCCACAGUGGCAGCUCACAGCCUGCCUGGUGCUGGUCAUUGUCUUGCUCUACUUCAGCCUGUGGAAAGGAGUAAAGACCUCAGGAAAGGUGGUAUGGAUCACAGCUACCAUGCCUUACGUGGUCCUCACGGCCUUGCUACUGCGUGGAGUCACCCUCCCUGGAGCCAUGGAUGGCAUCAAGGCAUACCUUAGUGUGGACUUCUAUCGGCUCUGCGAGGCAUCUGUGUGGAUUGAUGCCGCCACCCAGGUGUGCUUCUCCUUGGGCAUUGGUUUUGGGGUGCUGAUUGCCUUCUCCAGUUACAAUAAAUUCACCAACAACUGCUAUAGAGACGCAAUCAUCACCACAUCUAUUAACUCCCUGACAAGCUUCUCCUCAGGCUUCGUCGUCUUCUCCUUCCUGGGAUACAUGGCACAGAAGCAUAACGUGCCCAUCGGAGAUGUGGCCACAGACGGACCUGGGUUGAUCUUCAUCAUCUACCCUGAGGCAAUUGCCACACUCCCGCUGUCCUCGGCCUGGGCUGCUGUGUUCUUCCUCAUGCUUCUCACUCUGGGUAUCGACAGUGCUAUGGGUGGAAUGGAGUCUGUGAUCACUGGACUUGUUGACGAGUUCCAGCUACUACAUCGGCACCGAGAGCUCUUUACUCUUGGCAUUGUCCUGGCCACCUUCCUGCUGUCUCUCUUCUGCGUCACCAACGGUGGCAUCUAUGUAUUCACACUGCUUGACCACUUUGCAGCUGGCACAUCCAUCCUCUUCGGUGUGCUCAUUGAAGCCAUUGGGGUGGCCUGGUUCUAUGGCGUCCAACAAUUCAGCGAUGACAUCAAGCAGAUGACAGGCCAGAGGCCCAACCUGUACUGGCGGCUAUGCUGGAAGCUGGUCAGCCCUUGUUUCCUCCUGUAUGUGGUUGUGGUCAGCAUUGUGACCUUCAGACCCCCACACUAUGGAGACUACAUCUUUCCAGACUGGGCCAAUGCACUGGGCUGGAUCAUUGCCACAUCCUCCAUGGCCAUGGUGCCCAUUUAUGCCACCUAUAAGUUCUGCAGCCUGCCAGGGUCCUUCCGAGAGAAACUGGCCUAUGCCAUCACACCUGAGAAAGACCGGCAGCUAGUGGACAGAGGGGAGGUGCGCCAAUUCACGCUGCGCCACUGGCUGUUGGUGUAAAGUGGAAGGAGACAGCAGCCAAAUGGGCCAUCUCACAACAGCAGGGACAGGGAGCUCACUAAAGGAAAAACCCAAGCAUCAAGAAAGGAGGGCCACUUCCACCCUUCCCGUUUGCUGUAUGGAA